AUGGCUGCCGCUAAAGACAGCUUUCUUGACCUGGAAAGGCAUCGGCAGAAGCUAGAGGAAAAUGUCACGAGACUUUCUAAUGCGCUUGGCCACUGGAAACAAUGGAAGAAAGAGUAUGAAGCGCUGCGAGUCGAUGUAAAGUCGCUACCGUCAGCAGCUAGUCGGAAGGAGCUGAGAAACACCCGAGAAAAGUUCAAGGGCGAGUUAUUGAAUGAGAAGGAGCUCGUUGAUGUCUUCGGGCGUGACGACUCGAAGAAGGUCGAGCAAAUCAUUAGUACGCUCAAUAAUCGGCUGGAUUAUGUCUCCAAGAAUAUCGACACGCUUGGUAAGCAGCAUGAAGAGGCAGAAAAUAGACUUGCUGCUGUCACAAUUAUUGCAAACCCAGACGCAACUGAUGAAGAUGGACUACCAAUUACUGAGAUAUUAGAGGAGCUGGACGACGACGACAACAUCGUGUCGUAUAGCCUACGCACCUCAGGAGAUACCCAACCCCAAGUUAUUGAAGCUCUUCGGAAGGCUGGAAUUCCUGAGUUUUCACCUACUGAUCCUCCAAUGUCCGAGGCCGCGCAGAAGACGCAGGAUGGCAAAUCAACAACUUCGGACGGCGGCUUGAGUACAUCAAACCAUCAAUCUAAGGAACCCCAGGUUAAUGAAUCGCCAAAUGAUGCUCCAGAUGCGCUUAACGGUUCGCAGGUCAAGGAGAAAGCGAAAGUACAAUCCGCGUCUAGGAAGAAGAGCGUGACGUUUAGCGAAGACACGAAAACUGGAGAAGAGCUGGAGCAGUCAGAAACUGCCAAGAGACUAGAAGAGAUCCUGCAAAAAGCUAAGGAUCAGCAGAGCAUAAUAUCAGACCCCAUUCUCCCUGCCGACGAAUCUAUGGAAGAUGCCGCACUGAGAGAAGAUAUGAUUCGUUACAACAAAGAUACGAUGGAGUUUGAGAUGGCCCCUAUUGUGGCUGAGUUGCAAUUAGAAGAAGGAUCUACGGGCGACGAUACAGAUAACUAUAGUGACUAUGAAGAGGAAGAUGAAGACGAUGAAGACGAGUGGGGUAAGACCAAGCUCGUUGUUGACGACGAUUGGAAACGGCGGAUGCUAGAACUCAAGGAACGGCUGAGCGGCUAUACUUUCAGUCAGAGCCAGGCAGCAGAUGACGAGGACGAUAUGGUAGAAGGUAUUGGCCGUAUAAGCAUCAAACGUGAGAACGAAGAUGCUUUAAAUGGCAAUGUCGAAAGUCUACCAAUCGUUCCAUCCGAAGUCGAAAAGCAGUCAUCAACACAAGACAACAAAAAGAGCGUUAGAUUUGCCCAGAGCCUUGAUAUAGCCGAAGCGUCAGCUUCGGAGCAAGUGUCUCAAACACAAUCUAGGCAGCACAAGAUAGACCCGUUAUCCGACGUUGUCAUGGAGCGCAGCAGCAGCAGCAGCAGGACAACGCAACCAACAGCGGCACCAAGCAAGAAAGUAUCCCGAUUCCGAAAAGCGAGGAAUAAUGAGGCCCAUAUAAAUGCAACUCCGGUAGCCCUGGGUGGUACCCCUAUCAUGCCAGACACUCCUGGUGUCGCUGGACCUACCCCCUCAGGACCGGAAAACCAGACGCUAGCGACUUCUGUCUUGGAGCAUGAACCAUCCUCAGAAGCUAGGGGGCCGGACGAAUUCGACGCCAAUAUGCUACAAAAACAGGCUACAGAAGAGUACUACAAGAUGCGCAACAAGCUCAUCCACCAACAGGGCGGGUUCAUGAAGGAAGAUGAAAGUCCUAUCCAGCCACUUGAUGAAGAGCAGGGUGGACCAAAGCGGAUGAGUCGUUUCAAGGCGGCUAGGCUGGCUAAAUCUUAA